AUGUUCAACCUCAAGAAGCUGUUCCUCGCCGCCACCGCGCUGGUGGGCGCCGGCCUGUUCAUUGCUCAGCCGGUGGAGGCCGUCAAGGGACCCAAAAUCACCCACAAGGUGUACUUUGAUAUUGAGCACGGCGGCGAGCCUCUGGGCCGCAUCGUCCUGGGCCUGUACGGCAAAACCGUCCCAAAGACUGCUGAGAACUUCCGGGCUCUGGCUACUGGUGAGAAGGGCUUUGGCUAUGAGGGCUCUACCUUCCACCGUGUCAUCAAGAACUUCAUGAUCCAGGGCGGUGAUUUCACCAACCAUGACGGCACUGGUGGCAAGUCCAUCUAUGGCGACCGCUUCCCCGACGAGAACUUCAAGCUCAAGCACAACCGCAAGGGUCUUCUCUCAAUGGCUAAUGCUGGCAAGGACACCAACGGUUCUCAGUUCUUCAUUACCACAGUUGUUACCUCUUGGCUGGAUGGUCGACACGUCGUCUUCGGCGAGGUCCUUGAGGGCUAUGACGUUGUAGAGAAGAUCGAGAACGUCCCAACCCAGGCAAAUGACCGCCCAGUCAAGGAGGUCAAGAUCGUCAAGAGCGGCGAGCUCCCCGUCCCCCCUGAAGGUAUCCACGUGGAGCUCUAA